AUUGAAUCCUUACAUAAUCAUAGUCUAGGUACAAAGAAUACAACUGAAUUUAAAGGAUUUAAUUUGGAAGGUGAAGCAUCUAACAAAAAUGAUGUAUCUGCAAUUAUUGUGCUUGAUUCGGAUACUGAUUCUGAAGAAAACGGUGGACCUGAAUUAGCAAUAUCCUUGGCAAGGGAGGAAAUAGGUGUUGGAAAUGUGAAUCCAGUGGUAGCACAAAAAAGAACAAUAUUUACUUACAAAUUACAGUUAUUGCAAGAUAAGUUAGCUGCAACAAAACUGAUACUUUGUAGUGGUAAUGUUGAAGUACUAGAAGAUAAAGGGGAAAAAUUGCGUGAAAGUAAGCGAGAAUGCGAAGAAGAGAUUGAGCUAUUAAAACUUGAAUUGAAAAACACACCCUUGGUGCAAAAUUCCGAUAUUAAGAAAACUAUCGUGAAAAAUGAACCAUUAUUGUUCUUCAAAGACGAUUCAAGUUCUGAUCGAACAUAUCAUUCAUAUUUGGAUGUUGAUGAUAUACAGAUGAAACCCAGCACAUCUACAGAAUUAAAAGAACUGGAUAAAAUGGCACAAGAGACUAUGAAUAAGGAGCUUGCUUUAACAGUUGAACGAUUACAAGAUCUACAUGGAUCUCUCGUGGCUCGUCCGUCCGACGAUGAAAAGGCCGAAGAUCCAAGGGGAUUGAAAGUACCAUUAAUGCCGCAUCAACAACAUGCUCUCGCGUGGCUUCUGUGGAGAGAGCAACAAAGACCGUCUGGCGGUGUUUUAGCCGAUGACAUGGGUUUGGGCAAAACACUAACCAUGAUAUCUUUAAUCAUGGUUACUCUUGACAAGAGAGAUUCUGUCGAUAGCGAUGAAAGCGACGACAGUGACGGCGGGUGGAACGAAAAGAAGAAGCCUUUGCGUCAUGCGGAUGGUACCCUCGUAAUAUGCCCGGCGUCCUUACUGUCGCAAUGGGAAAAAGAAGUGCAGGACAAAUGCAAACGCGGUCUGUUAUCCGUCCAAGUGUAUCACGGUAGCAAUCGAGAGAACGUACCUACCCGUUUGGCGAAGAACGAUAUCGUUGUCACGACGUACAACAUAGUCAGUCGAGAAUUUAAAGUCACUUCUAUCUUAUUUAAGAUUCGCUGGAAGAGAGUUAUACUCGACGAGGCUCACGUAAUAAGAAACCAUAAGAGUCAAGCGGCCAUAGCAGUUUGUGGACUUUUGGCAAGUAAACGGUGGGCACUUACUGGUACACCCAUACAGAAUAAGGAAGUGGACCUGUAUUCUGUUUUAAAGUUCUUGAAAUGCACGCCUUUCGAUGAUCUGCGCGUGUGGAAACGAUGGGUGGACAAUAAAAACGCCGCCGGCCAUCAGCGACUGGCGACUGUCAUGAAGACAUUAAUGUUACGACGGACCAAGCAAGAACUGCAAUCUCAAGGCCGUUUAGAGAGUUUACCCAAUAAAUGUGUAGAGGAAGUGACAGUGAAACUCGAUUCACAAGAACAACUGGUGUACGAGAAGAUUUUAGUUUGCUCUCGCACUCUCUUUGCACAGUUCUUGGCUCAACGUGCUGAGAAACAGCACAUGUUCGAACUGCACGCCGGAAAAUACGAUCAGCCAACGUUCCUUUCAAAUCCGAACAAAAAGACGCAGUUUACGAAAGCUCAAACGAAAUUGUUGGCGAUGCACGCCGAUGUAAAAACACACGAAAUUUUGGUACUACUACUGAGAUUACGUCAGGUGUGUUGUCAUCCAGCAUUGAUCCACGCGAUGCUCGAUCAGGAAGAAAUGCAAGUGAGCGAGAUAAUGAACGCGGAAAGUAUGAGUCCCAAAUUAUUGUCGCGGUUGAGUAACAUGUCUCUUCAUAGAACCGAUAGCCAUGAGAAUUCUGAGGAGGAGGAAGAAAUCGGCAUCGAUCGUCGAAUAGUUCAGAAUGUGCUUACCGCUGAGAAUCCGGUAUUCGAUAACGAUCGCGUUGGUUCUAAAAUGAAAGCUCUAUUUGAUGUGGUCAAGAAAAUUUUACAAACAAACGACAAACUCGUUAUUGUUUCACAAUGGGCCACUUUGCUAGAUAUUAUAGCAUCGCAUUUGAAGUUGAUGAAAGGUGCUACGUUUGCCAAGUUUACAGGAAGAGUUGCUAUUAAAGAUCGACCGAUUAUAAUGGAGUCUUUCAAUAACCCAGAUUCCAAUCCGAGAAUCUUAUUACUAUCUCUUACCGCUGGAGGUGUCGGUCUGAAUCUGGUGGGUGGAAAUCACUUGUUAUUGUUCGAUAUUCAUUGGAAUCCGCAAUUAGAAACGCAAGCACAGGAUAGGAUUUACCGUUUCGGUCAGAAGAAGGAUGUAUAUAUUUACAAAUUUAUUUGCAGCAAUACGAUAGAAGAGCGCAUAAAAGCUCUGCAAGAGCGAAAACUCGUUAUCGCACAAAACGUAUUGAGCGGCGACAGAAGCAAGGAAGUCAUGAAGCUUACUUUCAAUGAUCUCAAGUCGCUGUUUGCUCUUUAAUUUAUGCUUUAUAAUGACUAGAAUAUAAUAUGAAAAGAAUAAUAACCAACUAUCGAAAUAUGACUAUCGAUUAGUUCGGCCGAAUUUGACUAUCUAUUGGUUUUUUAUUAAUAUAAGACAUAUCUUUUAUAUUAGUUCAAUUAUAUUUCUUGUGUUAAAAAAAAAUGACUCGUAAUUUCUUAACACAAGAAGAAAUGUAAAAAAUGCUUUUGCGAUUUUAUCGUAUCAUAGGGAACUCAAGUCGCUGUUUGCUCUUUAAUUUAUGCUUUAUAAUGACUAGAAUAUAAUAUGAAAAGGAUAAUAACCAACUAUCGAAAUAUGACUAUCGAUUAGUUCGGCCGAAUUUGACUAUCUAUUGGUUUUUUAUUAAUAUAAGACAUAUCUUUUAUAUUAGUUCAAUUAUAUUUCUUGUGUUAAAAAAAAAUGACUCGUAAUUUCUUAACACAAGAAGAAAUGUAAAAAAUGCUUUUGCGAUUUU